AUGAGUCAAUUGGAUGGGUUUCACAUAAUGGUGGUUUCUCGGUGUUUUACAGAAUUGAACGAUUUCAUUCAUUUGGAAUUUGUGUGUAAAAAAUAUCAAGGCACAAUGUUGAAGUAUCAUUACAACCCAAUUCCAUACAACUCAAAAGUUAAAAAAUAUUUUCCACGCAUCGAGACUUUAUAUUUGUAUGACCAAACCGAUCCCUUUUGGUUUGACCUUUCACAGCGACUUGGUCUUUCCACGCGUGACGUUUUGAGUCAAAAUAUUUUCAAGACGUUUUAUCGCGUUGUCGUCAAUUUUCCAGUUGACUAUGAAGAUUACUUUUUAUUCAAAAAUCAGAACUUCACUUUUAAAAGUGUCUCAUACACACAAAAAGACCGAAAUCGCUUUGGCAAUGAAAUUCCUGAUAAUGUCAAAAUCUUGUCACAAUCGUGUUUUGAGAGGUGUUGUGGUGUGUCUUCUAUAAAAAUUCCUGAAAGUGUCGAAUAUAUAGACGAUCGUUGUUUUAAUGGGUGUUUGGAUUUAGUAACAUUAAAUAUUCCAACACAUUUAAAAAAGUUUGGAAGUCAUUGUUUUGAUGUGUGUUUUGCAUUGACGUCGUUCACAAUACCCGACAGUGUUAUAAGUCUUGGGGAUGCAUGUCUCGCGUAUAACAUGCAUGUGACUGCACUCACAAUACCAAAGAAUAUCACACAUUUGGGCGUGAAGUGUUUUGAGGGGUGUUCAUUUCAAAGUGUCCAUGUGGAAUGUGGCGUGAAAUAUUUUAACACUGGAGUGUUCUGUAUUUGUAAAAAUUUGAGUGUAGUUGAUAUUCCCAAGUCAAUCGAAGAAAUCAAUAAUGAGUGCUUUUAUGGAUGUGACUCUCUCACAACAAUCAAAUUGAGUCAACAGACGCGUUAUCUUGGCGACCGUUGUUUCAUGAGGUGUUUUAAUAUGAAUAAAAUUAUAAUUCCUGAAAGUGUGGAGUAUAUAGGAGAGUCCGCUUUUGAAGGGUGCACAGCUUUAAAAGAAAUAGAAAUACCAAAAAAAGUUGAUGUAUUACAAAAACGAUGCUUCUUUGGGUGUUCCACUUUGAGUCAUGUGAAGUUGAAUGAAGGUAUCAAGUCAAUUGAUAAACAAUGUUUUUUCGAGUGUAACAAUUUGAAAUGGAUAGAAGUACCGAAAACACUUAAAUUAAGAAAGGGUUCGUUUCCUAAAACAACUGCAAUUCUUAAAAAGUGA